AUGUCGGACAUCUUCAAACACUCGAAGAAUAUUCUAAACCGUGCCCGGGCAUCUCUACAUACCAAUCAAGGACAAUCUACGUCUGCUGCGCAUUCAAGCAACGACAAGUCGUCCACUUCGAAACCUCCGUCAAAGACCGGUGAUCUUGGGUUUCUAACAAUUGCUUCUGGGACUGAUCCUGUCGUCGAUAUCGUAGCUAUUCAUGGUCUGCAAGGGCAUAGAGAAAAGUCAUGGACAACAAAGGACGGGACUCUGUGGCUGCGCGACCUUUUGCCCUCCGACUUGCCCAACGCCCGAAUUCUCAGUUAUGGAUAUGAUGCGGACACUCAUAGUCGGGAAUGUGUAUCAACUCAGACGAUGCGACGGCAUGCUGAUGGACUCGCCAAAGCUCUUGCACGCGAACGCAAAGACGCGCCUCGACGGCCCAUCAUAUUUCUUGCUCAUAACCUCGGAGGCAUCAUUCUCAAAUGGGCUCUUGUCAUCUGCCAUAAUCAGAGGUUGGAGUCGAAAGCCGAACUCAGAGACAUUCUCAUCUCCACUCACGCGAUUCUGUUCUUCGGCACUCCACAUUCUGGCGUUGACACUACCUUGCUUGAAGCGAUCAACGGCUGCGCGUCGUUGUACAUGAAGACGACAAAAGCCGUCCUCAAAGAUCUUCGUGCUCACUCAUCCGAACUUGAAAACAUACAGAGUCUAUAUGUCGAGACUAGCGAGAAGAUCAAGAGCGUUUUCUUCUGCGAAGAGUACCAGGCACCCAUUAAUGGCGAACGAAGGAGACUGCAUGUUCCUCAUCAUGCCGCAGUUAUCGCUGGUGACCGCAAUGCUACCACAAUUGUCCUUCAUACGGGCCAUGAAGGCUUAGUUCGAUUCUCUGCCGCGAAUAGUGACGACUAUCGAAGUGUUCUCCACUAUCUUCAAGAGUAUUUCAACAGUGCAGCCACGACAGUACGCGAGAACUGGAUCAUCGAGGACAAUUGUCGCACCGCAGCAAAGGGAGAGUUCGCCGCCGAAGAGGUUAUGCUGCCGAAGCCGCGUCCAUCCGUAUCUCGGAGUUACAUUGAGCGGAAAGGGAUCGAGUCCCAGAUGACACAGAAGCUACUUCCAGAAGGUCGAGUGAAACGUCAACCACGCUGUAUAUUAUACGGACUCGGAGGAGCAGGCAAGACUCAGCUCGCAACAAACUGGAUCCAGGAACACGAGAGCAGCUUCAGUCGAGUGAUUUUCGUCGACGCCUCUAGUCAAGCCCAGUUGGAAGCCGAUUUGCAGCGGUCGAUUCGUUCAGGAUGGUUGCUCUUUUUCGACCACGCCGAUUCACCAGACCUCAAUCUUUGCCAAUACCUUCCUGAAUCCAUGAAUGGAACAAUUAUUAUCACCACGAGGAAUCAGGACUAUGUUGUAGUCGCCCCGGACGGUGCUGUUCCAGUUGGUGGUCUCGAGGAGAACGAGGCUAUUGAGCUGCUCCAUACAGUGGCCCAGCUAUCACCUGAAUCUGACUUCAAGUCUCGGGAGAUUGCCAAGGAGCUGGGAAGAUUAGCAGUUGCUGUUACCCAAGCGGGGAGGAAUCGACUUAUGCGCAGAGCGUCCGAUAUUAGCAAGGACUAUUCGUCCUCGACAUACACGGCCUUUGACCUGUCUUUCAGCCAGUUGACGGCAAAGGCGCAGGAAUUCUUGAAGAUAUGUGCAUUCUUUCAUCACACUUUAAUCCCCAGAAAUCUAUUUAAGGAUUCGACAGUGUCCAGUUUCACCACAUACACCGUCCUGCAAAGCUAUCCUCCACCGGAAGAUGACCAGAUCUGGAUUUCGGAGCUCCAAGGGACUUUUGGCCAGAAUUGGGACGACCUUGCAUUUCAAGACGUCGUUGAUUCCGCCUCACGCGUAUCGCUUAUCGACAUUUCGACCGACGUUGGUUCAUUCUACAAUAUUCAUCCCUUACUCCAGAUGUACAUCAAGGAUACCCUUACCGAGCAGGGUGUUCAACGCUAUCAACGAAUGGCGACGCAACUCAUGCUAGGUGCGAUCCGCCCGUCGCAGGGUAAUAACACCUGGCACUGGCAACUGCGUCCACACGCCAAUGCUGUCGCUCAACCCGUAUUAUUGAGGAUGGAUGCGGCACAUGCAUUGGCCUUCAACGAGCUUUACACAUCCUUGGAUGACUGGCAGGCGUGCCAUCGGUUGUUGGGGUCGGUCUUUAUUCGGCUGACGUACGAGCCGAGAGAUGUGGGAACUGUGAUAUGGGUGUCGAGCAAAUUUUCCCAGGCACUACGGAAUUGCGGUCUGUUUGACAAGGCAGAAAAUAUACAACGAAAGUUGCUGGCUAUACACCUCGAGGAGUUUGGCCAAAAGGAUCAACGCACUCUUGUAGUGAUGAGAAGUCUUGCAAACACAUUGCAAUCAAGCGGCCGGUUGGGUGAAGCAGAAGCACUGCAGCGGGAGGCGCUCUCUCUGCACAUGGAGGUGCUUGGCCCAGAACAUGAGGCCACCAUCGAAGUGAAGGCCAGUCUGGGAAUUACCCUUCGUUCCCGUGGUCAACCCCAUGAGGCGGAGACAAUACAGCGAGAGGUACUCGCGACGCUACGCGAAACACUCGACAACCGUAAUUUGCGCAGCGUCAGUGCAAUGGGCAAUCUCGCAAACACUUUGGCAGAACUCGGUCAAUUGGAUGAGGCGGAGGAGAUGGCACGAACGGUACACACUCUGAACGCCGAAAUCCUAGGCCCCCAGCAUCCAGACACCUUCGCAGCGAUGAUCAACCUCGGAAUCAUCCUAACCAGGAUUGGUCGAUUGGAUGAAGCGGGAACUAUGCUGCGAGAGGUACUUGCGUUCCGACGUGAGACCUUUGGUGAACGACAUCCAGAUACGCUCAUGGCAAAGGCCAAUCUUGCGAACACCCUCGUUCAAAGUCGUCAGUUCGACAAGGCCAUAGAAAUAGAGCGAGAGGUGCUCGCUGUGCGGAGCGAUAUAUUUGGACUACGGAAUCCGGAGACCCUCCACGUAUCGUAUAAUCUCGCUCAAAUGUUGUACUCAUCUGGCCAGCUCGAAGAAGCUGCGAAGCUGUUGGAUGAGGGGAUGGAAGUACGGACUCAGAUCUUGGGCGAGGAUCAUCCUCUAACCCGGGACGCAAAGGCGCUUCGUGAACGCAUUACAGAGAAGCUGGGGUUGAUGCAGAAUCCCAAUCAUCCUGUGACUUUACUUCUGAAAGGGUCGAUAUAG